AUGGACACCACAGAUACAUAUAUGGACAUUCCAAUUGAUAUCAUAAUAACAUAUCGUGCUGCUUUAAUGUCAACUUUGCAUUAUGCAAUUGAUAGACUUAAUCAAAAGGGCGUUUAUUCAAAUGUAAUUUCAUUUUGCGCGCGUGUUUUAGCCUUAUGCUUCUUUAAAAUUCCUGGUGUCGGAUUUGCUUUAUUGCAGGCAUUGCCAGUAAGUAAAUCACAUAUCAAACGAAUAAUAAAGGAGACGGUCGGUGAUGACGAUUCAAGUCUCGAUCGUAUGACAAAACAGAAUGAAAAAAUUUCUACUUUGUUCCCUGAACAUUUGAAAAUUUUAUGCUUCUUAAAUUUAAAAUUAUGGUGGCGGCAGUUUGAAAAUGCCAAACGCAUUUGGGGUGAACCACCUAUAGAAAUGAGCGGGAAUUGGAUAAGGCGUUGGCAGAGUGAUGACAGUGAAUUGUUUUUUUCGUUUUAUAAACAUUAUCAUAUCGUGCUCAAAGCUUACCUCGCGUCGCAUUUAACUGCUUCCGGAUCAGUUAAAAUCAUGACACCUCCGUUUGAGUAUAUAACCGCACCAGGUUACAUUCACCUAGCAUCAUUUUUUCUUCUAAAGAUCGAAUCACUCAUACAUCGUAAUAUACAUACUAUUACGACGGUAAUUCAGUUUGAACAUCCAAGGGGGAAUGGAAAUGCCAAUAACGUUAAUCAAGGAAGUAAUAAUGGAAUAACUAAUGCCAUGAAUCCUAAUGCAGCGGCUAUUGGAAUGGGAUCGUUACCUACCACUAGCAUUAAUGGAGUUGUCGCAGCAAAUGCAGAUGCGAACGGAAACGUAGCUUUAGGAGGUAUGAUGAACGGAGUUACUGUUGGUAAUGGAAAGCCCAAGGUUUUAGAAAUGGCGGGCCGGAGAUUUGUUGAGACCGUGGUUUCUAUAGUUGAGAUCGGCUAUUUCCAAGAGAUGUGUAACAUUUGGAUUAAUGCUGUGGUAACGAAGACAAACAUGUAUGAUGUUGAAGGUGUAUUUUGUUUAUUAGAUUUUAUUGACACAUUAAUUUUGGAAUUGGAUGCUAGAGAUAGUAUUGUUUCUUCAGAGUCUACAUCAUCCAAUUCGAACAGUGCUAGUUCAAAUGGUUCAUCAAGUUCUCCAUUCACCGCACCAAAUCUUAUAAACAUACUCGAUAUUCCUUCUUAUAUUUCUCUUUUCAAGCUUCUCCUCGAAGAAUCAGAUCACACCAUUACUAUUCUAAGGACAAUAAGCUUUAUUUAUACACAUUUUUUUCUUUUAACUUCACAACCCGCUUAUCUCAAACAAUUAGUUAAGGAAAUACUUUUAAACGAGGAUAUGUUUGAAAGAUUAUUUUGUCAUUGGUCAAGAAAUGUGAGAAUAUAUUAUAUGCGCUUGUUAGUGUGGCGUUUAGGAAAGAUUGGAGGCGGAGUCGGAAAGCACGAUGAUAAUAAAGAUCGAGAAAUUAGCGAUAGCGGCGUAAUUAUCGAAGAUAACGAAGAAAUAGUGAUUGAUAUUUUAAUCACAUUACAAAGUCGCCUAGAUGGUAUGCGACUAUAUCAUGAAUUUCUAUCCAAUUAUGCAGGAGACAUGGAGGAUGUGGAACAAGUUUUUAAGGCAAAAAUGGCUGAAUCAAUGGCCGAAUCAAUGACUGAAAGCAAUUCAAACCAAAUUGACAAUAGUAAUAAUGAAGAGUUACAAAAACAAUCAAUAGUUGAACCUCAAAAUGUGUCAUCAUCAUCAUCUGUUUUGUCUACUUCAACUUCAACUAUUUCAUCUAUACCAAAUAAAAACCGUAGAUCAAAACUGCCAUUUAUCCCAUCUGGCAAAGAAACGACAGCAUCAUGCUUUAUUCGUUGGAUGUUUCCAAGCGGAUCGAACAAAUCAAACUCUAAUAAGUUGGAACAAAAAUCAACGGCUCCGUCACCAACGUCACCUACUUCGCCAACGACACCAUCAAUUCCUAUACGAACAACAAGUAAACCAACAAUACAGCCAUUAGUAUGGCGUUAUGCCUUUCACAGACAUACAUAUGCAGGAAAAGCGAUAUCAGAGUACGAAUCUGUUAAUCAAGAAUAUGCCGAGUGGUGUGCACAAGUUGCAAAUGUUGAAAGAGAAAAUUUAAGUAAUGGUAAUGAAGUUAAUAAUAUCAUUUCCGGAACUAAUUCUACAAAUUCGAUGACGAUUCGAUUUCCAGGGUUGAUAGUGGAAUAUCCGAAAUAUUUUGGAAAUGGGUUUGCAAAUUCUCCAUUGAUUUAG